GUUGCUAUAUAUGAUGGUGCCUGCCCAUCAUCUGGCUAUCGUCGAUGUCGUAGACGAAUCUUCUGCUUUGCUUCACGACAAUUGAUUCACAGUGAGUGACAGCGUCUGGGAGGCGAUGGCUCAUCCUGCACCUUUUGUGUCCACGUGGUGUCCGUGUUGGCUUUGACUGAUGCAGAUCGAUAGCCGCCUGAGCGCUCAUGUCCACGGACGCCAACGCCGAGGCGCUUUCCCCCGACAGCCCGACGGCAGACAGCAACAGCCCCGACAAUAGAGGAGAUGCCAGCCAGCAGGAGCAACCACAGCAGCGGCAUGUGUGUUUGAGUGCCAACCCGGUAGAGGAGGGAUUUGGUGCAGCUGGACGGUCCGGCGAUGAGUCGAACGGGAGCGGCCCUGAUGACCGCACAGAGAGUGCGUCGUCUGCCCCGCUACCGGCAUCUCCCCACGCAGAGCGCACCGCUACGACUGACAGCAACAAAGCUACCUCUCGGCAGCUCGCGUCCGCACCCCCCAUCGCAAUCCAGCGUCCGCCGACCCCGACUGAGGCCAUCGACAUACACCAGAGUCAGCAGCAGCCGAAGCCAGCCGGCCAGCGGGAUCAGUCCACGCUCAUUCCCAUCCCGUCACCAGCAGCCGACACAUCAGUUAUGGGCAGCGUCCCCAUGCAGCAGCAGGGAGGGGGCUCGGCACUGAUAAGAGGUGCGGGGCACGGCAGUGGGUCCGGAGAGGAAAACACCACUGUGGACGCCACAUCGGUUCGGACAGACAUGCACAGACAGACAGACAGACAGACAGACAGACACGAUGGAGGUGCAUGCCCACAUGUGUGCAUAUGUGUGAGAUGUGUGGCUGUGAUUGUCGGGACGGCAGCCGUCAGCACUCCACUGCUUUCGACAUCUUCCGAUGCACCCAGCAGCAGCAGGCCGUCGUCGACCCCACCAGCUCCAUGAUCGACCCAUCGCCAGUCGCCGCAGCAGCUGCAUCAGGGGAUCAGCAAACAGCGGGUCCCUCUCGCCCGUCCCCUCCCUCCACCCCCUCCCCCAUCACACUCGACCAGCAACACACGGCCAACACGCGGAAGGGCCAAACGUCGGCCUCUGAUGCUGUUGCCAUUAUGUCCCUCGCUGCUGAUGCUCUGCUGGCUGGUGACAUCGGCCCCUUCGUUGAGCAAGUGGAAGAGCUCAAUGAGACGCCGCUCUUGCCGGAUGAUGGCCCAGUUGUCGAGGGACUCGUACGGUAUUUGGCCAAGAAGGACAGAGCGCAUCGACAGCAGGGUCGGGGAGGCCUCGCCGGCUGUAUUGCUGCAAUUUUCAAUGACAGCAGCAACCCAUCACAUCAGGCUGCGGCGACGUACUUCCUCAAUCGGCUUUGUCAAGCUGGGUAUCCGUUUGGCGUGGAGUGGCUGCUGCUGUUUGGUGUCUUGGUGGAGGAAACGGUGAAGAGGCUGACACUAUCGGUCCAAGAAUUCAUGACAGCUGCCUCCGUGUUUCUCAGCGGGAGCAUUCCAGGUGAUCAUGCGGUGAAUCGGAAAGGUGGCUGUCAUGUCUCCACAUAUCUGUGUGCCUUUGGUGCAUCGCUCAGUGACGGCUGAGGCGCUGGGGGCGUUUCAGCAGCACAUGUGCUGCCACAUCGACACUCUCGUCGAAACACUGGCCACCAGCAGUCUGGGGAUCGUGUGGAGGGCUUACGAGCUGAUAGGCAUCAUCUUCUUACACACCCGCCGCGGCUUCCCCUCUGAGCUAGGUGUGGGACACCUGGAUGCCGAGAGAGCUCGUUGGUUCUCAAAUUAGUACUGCGUGUGUGGGUGUGUGGAUGCAGGUGUGUUGGCGUCCAUGUGCCGUAGUGUGUCAGCGAGCCCCGCUGCUCUGGGCAAGAUGGCCGCAGUGCGGAAGGACCACGCCGCCUGUGAGUGGCCGGACUGGAUGGUCGUGCUCUGUCUAAACGUGCCAGCGGCAAUGGCUGGUGAGUAAUGGUGCGUGGUCCAUGCCACUUAUUGAUGUCUUGUGUGCGUACGUGGGCGCUCAGAAUGUGGCUACUGCGAGCGUGUUGCGCAGGCGGGCUUCCUCUCGGCGGCUAUGACCAUCCUGCAGAGCAACAGACUGACCAAGGAUGGCCGCCACGGACGAGCUGUCGUGACGGCUUCGGUUCAUCUGCUCAAUCUCAUAGUUGCUCGUAACUCGGUCAGUCAGAGUGGAUGCGACGCGCGUGUAUGAGCACUCGGCACUCCUGUUUUCACUUAACUUCAGUAUGCUUCGUGCGAGGGCCUGUCCCACACACGCAUCUGCUACCUGUGUGUCAGCAGCCAGCCAAGUGACACACACAUCCCUUGAGUCCUUACUCUCUGUCUGUCAUUCAGAUCUCUUUGCCCGAGUGGCGUUGUCGAUGAGUUUGUCGGCGCGGCACACCCCCAGCAGCCGCACCGCCCGCAGGUGUCCGAGGUUAUGUGCUCUCUGCUGUCGACGGUUGCGACGAGUGACGCUGCAUACGUCGCAUCCAUCACUUGCGGGGGCCCCAUCGGCAUGGCAAUUGGCGUCCUGGACAGCCUCGCCAGGUGCGUCUGUCCUUCAUGUCUUGAGUGCACCGAGUGAAUUGUCUUCAUAUGUGCAGAUUCUGUGAUCGGCAGCUGAUGAGCGGCAAGGCCAAAGACAACCCGAUUGUCGAACGUGUUCUGCAGGUCAGUGAGGGCAAAGGAUGACCGAAUCGGCGGUCACCUGUGUGUGUCUGUUGCUGUGUGUUACGCCCCCCUUCAUGUGCAGGUGGACCUCUCUGCCCUGUCCGGGCCCCCCACGGCGGGGUCACAAAACAGCCUCAUACAGGAGGUGAAUGAAGUGCCAACAACACGCAGGCCCACAGGUAUGUGCACCUGUGCACCUAUGGCUGCAGAUUUUGGAUCUCUUAGCCAAGUUUCGCCGCCGCAAGGUCUGAGGGUACCCCACGUAGACCGAUCGAUCGCUGCUCGCCACUGUGUGUGUGUGUGUGUGUGUGUGUGUGUUCCGUGUAGGAGGCGAUCGAUCGGUGGGUCUCAUCGCAGCACGACCCCCACAGAGAGGCUGCACGACGGCAGAACAAGCAGGUGGGGACAGAGAGAGCGACCAUGUGUGACCGACCCCUCAAUGUGCUGUGUGUCUGUCAGAAUCGGCUGGUGCGGUGUCUGUCGGACAAGAGAGUCCUCCACACCAUCUACCAGCUUGUUGGGCCGUCGCAUUUCGCUGUCGCACAAGUCGCUAUGCUCGCGCUCUCAUGUCGAAGUCUGCUAGACGCGUAAACAGUCAUUCACACACAUACAGACGCACCUUUACUCCAUGGCCACUUCAUGCUGCCUGGGUUUAGGCUGUGUCCCGUCCGUUCGACUGACCGCAUCUCACCGUAUGCCAAUCGCGAGCUGCUGGCGCCAUUUGCAUCGAUCUCAGUGAGCAAGCAAAAUCGGCUGGUGGCGGCAUUGGCGAGGUAUGUUGGUGGGAAGAGAUGAUGGACAGCAAUUCACUUGUGUUCACGGCUUCAUUCUUGCCAUCAGGUAUUCACCCGACAUGAUGUUGACAUUGUCGAUCCACUGGGAGUGCUCACCGACCGCCGAUGACAUCAGCGACCUCAUCGGCUUCCUCCAGAGGGCCGACAGACUCAUGACGCUCAGACUGAUGUGUAAGCCGACCAUAAGAGAACGCGCACGUUGUCGCUGAUUGUCAAGGUAUGUGUGCCGCUCAGUUAUGGAUUUGACUCAGGUGCCUGAUGACGAGUGCGCCCAACUUGCCGACGCCAUCGGCCGCCUGCCCUCACUUGCCACUCUCCACCUGGAAGAGGAAGACCUGAGCUGUGCCUUCGCCGGCCGGUUGAGUGCCGUGCUCAAGGCCCGGCCAGAAGGAGACGGCAAGGGCGGCAGCAGCAGUGAGACUGUCUCCCCACCACCGUCAUCGUCACGUGGCGUCACGCGCGCCGCCAGCACAUCGUCCGCUGUCGUGCCGGCAGACUCAGCGGAGGACAGCCAGGGGACGACCGAGGCGGGGUAGACGGCCGACACGGGGGACGACAAGGAAGAAAGGCCCCUCACGGCACUCAG